UAUCAAGCUUUAACGCUCGGAACGAGUAUGCAAUGAACGUGGGUUUCCAAAAGAGUGAACUGAUCCAGGUCCGGUUACGUUUCUAGAACGUUCCAAUGGAUUAAAUAAAACUCAGUUCCUUUUAUCAGUCUAGUCAUAUUUCCACAGAUAAGCUAUCUUAAAACUACUCAAGAUCGUCUUUAUUGUGUAGCUGUCAAGUGGUGUUUGCCAAACCAAGGGUAUUCAUGUGAUGUUUGCCAAAACAAGGGAAAGAAUUUAUGACCAUGGCAGAAUCCAUAAAAUAUUUGCUGGAAACAAAGAAAGCCCAUGACCGUCAUUUUAUUGUUGGACCAAACAAGGUGAAGAUAGGUGUGGUCACUGACUUAGUGGUCAAAUGCAGUGAUGUCUUAAAAGCAAUGUUGUGUGAUAGCGAAAUCCGAGAACGUGGAGAUGUACUUAUGCCGGAUCAUCACCCAGAUACUAUCAUCAUCUUCCUUAAGUUUGCCUAUGGAGCAGCUGACAGUGUUACCCUUAGUAGUGAUCUCCGCAACUGGCCUGCUCAAACUGUUCUGCAAGUGGUGGACUUUGCUGAAAAAUAUAAUGUUGCUCCACUCAAACAGAUUGCCUUCAACCAUUUUGAUCAUACUCUAGAUAAUAUGAAUGAUUUUUUUCUUGCUCUCCAUUGUGUGGCCUUGUACGAUGCUACUUCUCUGGAAUCUGCUGUUCUCAAGGUUGUCCAAGAGAAAACACAGAUAGUAUUGGCGCAUGCACAUUUUCUCUUGAUUGAUGUCGAGUCACUGAUCUUAAUUUUGAAGCAAAAUGUUUUGAACGUUACUGAAGUGGAGUUGUUAAAAGCAUGUUUGACUUGGGCAGUACACAAAGGUAAAUCUAAAAAGGAUUUCAACUUGAGAUUAACACUGGAAAAACCUUUGCGUUAUAUACGCCUGUACAAUCUGACCUCUGAGGAGUUCUUGACAGAAGUUGUACCUACAGGUAUAUUAACAAUGCAAGAAAUAAUGAAUUACAGUGCAGCAGUGAAGAAUAAAUCUUUUAAAGGAGAAGUUCCUUUCAGCAACAACAUACAGAAGCGGUUUGAUUCUCUUGUCACUGAAACACUAACCAUAGAUAAUAAUUUUUACUCUGUUAAAUCACAAAAUAAAAUAUACCAGUACAAAUUAUGUAUCAAUAAUAAAAAUAUAAAACUGAAGUCACUGAUAUUUGAUGAAAGCGUUUGGGAUGGUUAUGCAUACAACACAUAUGGUAAUACCAGAUAUGUGAAAAUCUGUGUAUACAAGUAUGAUUUAAGUGGUACAAUUCGUGAUAUGUAUUGGAAUAAUACAUUUUAUGACAACAAGGAAGAUAGAGUACAGUUUGAUCAGCAGGGUUCAAUUGAGUUGUUUGCUGAACAUAAUUAUAAAUUUACUAUUGAGUUCAAUGCUACUGUCCAGUAUACACUAUAUAAGUCAAAUAGACACUGUCAAGGUCAUAAGUUGGAAUUUGGUUCUUUCUUCUGCCUUAAUACGAAUUGUUGUUACAUUCUUUUCACAAAAGUACAAUAUACAUACAACUAGAUUAUACAUAAUGAAAUUACUAUAGACCAAAAUAGGAGCAAUACAUAUAUUACUUUCCAUUGUCAAAAAGUUAACACUAUCAUCAUUAAUGUUGUUAGUUAAUAAUGAAAAAAUCACAUUCUCUUAGUAUAUGGUGCAUUUUAAAUUUUCUGUUAUACAUAGUCUGUGAACUAUAUACAGUACUGUAACAUUGAACUAUAUACUGUUAUAUUGAGUAUUGAUAGUAUGAAUUUAUAUUAAACCACAAUAAAUUGUCAACUGAUGUAUGUUUGGUAUAAAAGGUAUUGAGCUUUUUUCAUGGAGCUAAAGGCUUAAACUGCUUAUAACUAGAAACUUGUCUUAAAUCUAUAAAUAUUUUUCUUCAGUAACUUAUAUUUUAGUGUCUCAAUGAUAAUUAAUCGUUAAAAAUAUGAUUAUGUGUUAAUGUCAAUAAUUAUUUAUAAUUCACACUCAGUAUAGAUUUGUCCUUAAUAAACUCAGUAUUGAAUAAUAAUAAUUAUAAACCAUUACUAUUAACAGUUAAUCAUAAUUUAACCACUAGUAUUUAGGCAUUGAAAUGUUAAGUUUUUGGAGUAAAACAUAUACGGAUUUGAGACAAAUUUUCACUUAAACAAUACAAUACAAUACAAUUUUCUUUAUUGCAAAUACGUUAAGAAUUACAAUGGUGUCAUAAAUACAUAAAAGUACAUGUUAUUUAUGUUAUAACAAAGCCUUAAACUUUAACGCCUUUGUUAAAAGUGAAGACAUAUGUGCAGCCACCAACUGACUUGUGUCCAUCAUUUGCUUAUUUUCUUGUACAGAUUUUAUCCGAAUGUGUGUCUAAUAUACGAACAAAUUGUAUUGUGCAAAUAAAAUAGUAACAAGAAUUU